UGAGCUGCGUGGUUGGUGGGGCUGCUGUUUGUACAGUCCCUCAGUCAGAGCGUGUAUGAGGGCUAAUUACUGCCCUCUGCCUCUCUCUCCCUCGCGCUCUCCUCAUUCCUCCCAGACUCGCUCCAAGCAACUAGGAAGCGCCGCGCUCGGUCCCAGCCUAAUUUGCUGUCCGCGAGCAGCGGCGGACCGUGCCACCGGCCCACGAGGAGCUCCGCGCUCGCGCUCCUGGGACUUUAUCGGUCCGCGCGCUUUCAUCCAGCCGCUCGCGGCGCAGAUGUAAGACGCCGGUCCAAACCGGAGCUUUUUUUUCAGCGGGAGGAGACUCUCUGUCGUCGCCAUGGAGGACCGCUGUUCCCCGGAAAACGAGAGGAUGGAAGCGUGGCUGGACGACCACCUGGAGUUCACCCACUCCUACUUUGUCAAGAAGGCGUCAAGGGAGAUGGUGAAUGCCUGGUUUGCUGAGCGUGUCCAUACCAUCCAGCCGUCUGUGUCUAAAGAAAACUCUUCGCAGCAGCGGACGCAUCAGUCCACCUCAGAUCUUUGCCCGUCUUCUAACCCCACUAUCCUCUCGUCAGCCCUUACCCUCCUGGACAACCGCUGCUCCUCUCCAGCCACUGUCCCCAGCCCGGCUCCUGGUACCCCAACUCGCAAAAUCUCAGCUUCAGAGUUUGACCGCCCAUUGAGACCCAUUGUGGUUAAAGACUCGGAGGGGUCCCUCACAUUUCUGAGUGACUCUGAACGGGAACCCGUGCCUCUCUUUGGUUCAGUGAUGGGGGAGAAUGGUGGCAGUGGUGAUGGUAGCGUUAGGGGUGGAGACCGCUGUACCAGGCUGCUGGAGCUGGUAAAGGAAGUAUCGAGUCAUCUGGAUGUGACGGCACUCUGCCAUAAGAUUUUCCUGCACAUCAAUGAGCUGAUCGCUGCAGAUCGAUACUCACUUUUUCUGGUGGGCGAGGAUAGCUCCAACAGGAAGUUCUUGGUCAGCCGGCUGUUUGAUGUUGCUGAAGGAUCCACAUUGGAAGAAUCCUCCAGUAGCUGCAUUCGGCUAGAAUGGAACAAGGGGAUAGUUGGGCACGUAGCUUCAACGGGGCAACCACUCAAUAUCAAGAAUGCAUAUGAGGACCCAAGAUUCAAUGCAGAAGUCGACCUGAUCACAGGCUACAAAACCCAGAGUAUACUUUGUCUACCCAUCAAGAACCACAGAGGAGAGGUAGUUGGAGUGGCCCAGGCUAUUAACAAGAAAUGUGGAGAGGAUGGUGCCUUCACUGAACAGGAUGAAAAGGACUUCUCGGUCUAUCUGGCCUUUUCAGGCAUUGUUCUGCACAACGCACAGCUGUAUGAGACCUCGCAGCUGGAAAACAGACGCAAUCAGGUGCUGUUGGACCUGGCCAGUCUGAUCUUUGAGGAGCAGCAGUGUUUGGAGGUUUUGUUACGGAAGAUUGCUGGAACCAUCCUGUCCUUCAUGCAGGCUCAGGCCUGCACUGUCUUCAUCGCUGAUGACGACUCAAUGAAUUCUUUCUCCAGCGUGUUUCACAUGGAACAUGAGGACCUGGCUGAAGUCCUAGAUGCCCCCAAAAGAGACUGUGAUGUCAGUCAGAUAAACUACAUGUACGCUCAGUAUGUCAGAAACACCAUGCAGCCUCUUAACAUCGCAGACGUCACCAAGGACCAGCGCUUCCCUUGGACGUGUGAAAGUCUUGAUAACUCCAGCAGCCGGAUAAAAAGCCUGCUCUGCACCCCCAUCAGGAAUGGCAAAAAAGACAAAGUCAUAGGUGUGUGCCAGUUGGUGAACAAAACGGACGAAACAUCAAGCAGCAUUAAGGCAUUCAAUAGAAAUGACGAGCAGUUCCUGGAAGCGUUUGCCAUCUUCUGUGGCCUCGGCAUUCAGAACACGCAGAUGUAUGAAACAGUGGAGAGAGCCAUGGCCAAGCAAGAGGUCACUCUGGAGGUUUUGUCGUAUCAUGCCUCUGCCACUGAGGAGGAAACCCGGGAACUCCAGGUAACAGUGGUGGCCACAGUCCCUUCAGCACAAUCGUUGCGUCUGUUGGACUUCAGCUUCAGUGACUUCGACUUGUCAGACGCUGAAACCAUCCUUGCAACUAUCCGCAUGUUUGUUGACCUCAACCUGAUCCAGAACUUCCAAAUGAAGUACACGAAUUUAUGCCAGUGGGUUCUGAGUGUUAGGAAGAACUACAGAAAGAACGUGGCGUAUCACAACUGGAGACAUGCAUUGAACACGGCUCAAUGCAUGUUUGCUCUUCUCAAGUCAGGACACUUACAGAACAACCUGAAUGAUCUGGAGAUCUUGGCUCUGAUGAUUGCAACUCUCUGCCAUGACCUGGACCACAGAGGAGUCAACAACUCUUACAUACAAAGGAGUGAUCACCCACUGGCCCAGCUGUAUUGCCACUCUACAAUGGAGCAUCACCACUUUGACCAGUGCCUCAUGAUCCUCAACAGUCCUGGAAACCAGAUCCUCAGUGGUCUCUCUUUGGUAGAAUACAAGACCACACUGAAGAUGAUUGAGAAGGCAAUACUGGCCACAGACCUCGCCCUGUACAUGAAAAGACGAGAAGAGUUCUUUGAGCUCACCAAGAACAACCAGUUUGUUUGGGAGGACGACCAUCACAGAGACCUUCUGAGGUCAAUGCUGAUGACUGCAUGUGACAUCUCUGCCAUCACUAAGCCCUGGCCGGUGCAAAAAAGGAUUGCAGAGCUGGUGGCCACUGAAUUCUUUGAGCAGGGGGACAAGGAGCGUCGGGAACUGAACAUUGAGCCUAUCGACCUGAUGAAUCGUGAGAAAAGAGAUAAGAUACCCAGCAUGCAGGUUUCCUUUAUUGAUGCCAUUUGCGUUCAGUUAUAUGAGACUUUGGCUGGUUUGUCAGAGCACUGCUCCCCUCUGCUGGAAGGGUGUCAGAAAAACCGGCAACAUUGGAAGCGUUUGGCUGAGGACUGCGAGAAAGGCCUGGCCAAUGGUCUGGUGUGAUCCCAACCACAGUUUGCCUUGUGGAAAAAUUCUCCUGUAACCCAGACUCACUAAACCUUCAUAAAAUUAUCAUGAUACAAAGACCAUGUCAUGAGGACAUCGGGGCCUAAACAUUUUCUGAAAAGGGAAGGCCACCAUCAGGUCUCAAAGGUCAUAAGGUUCUCACUAAGCAAAUAUCCCAAACCCGGCACAACAGCCAUGCUGUCUGUCCAAAAGCUGCAUGUUCUGAUGUGUUUCAUUCACCUUGGAAGAUGGAGCUGAGAUCCUGAGAAUGCCAUGGAUACUGCGGCUCCCAUCUCCAGUGGUCUUUGGGCGAGACCCCUGGACAGGUUACCAGUCCACCACAGGGGAACAGAGACACACAGGACAGGCAAUCAUGCACACACACCUUAAGUGCAAUUUAGAGGGUUCUCAGUUCCAACUUCAAAGUACAAAUGGAACGCACAAUUACAAUGUAAACUAACACGUACAAUGUUAAGCUAAUGUUCGGGUACAACAGAGUGAUGAACAUGUAACAGAUUUCACUUGUGACAGCAUACCUCGUAUAACACUAGAGACUAAUACGUGAGAAUGUUACCUGAAUUAGGCCGAGAUCUAAAACAAUGCUGAUUCAUCAGGGUUUUAUUUUCUGUGAUAAACCCAUUAACACGUGGACACUGCGGGAUGUUAACCCCACAAUUACUAUUUCUCAUCACCUGGUUCUUGCACCAGCAGCUAGCAUAGAGGAAGUGACGGACACGUUAACGUUAGCCUGUUAGCAUGGCGCCUAGAUUUCAUGGCUGAUUUUCUUCCAUUGUCCCAGCCAUCUUGA